AUGGAAGAUGUAUGUGAUGGUUGCAAGUUGGCGUCAGAAAAUUCGAAUCACUGUUUUUGGACAUGCAAGUUUGCACGUGAGAUGUGGGAGAGUUCUAAGCUAGCUUUGCCUUUUGAACCGGAUCGUGACUGUAGCUUUAAGGAUAUUAUGUGGGGCUUGCUUAUGGAGGAGGACAGUACAUCGGAAAUGGUUGCCAAAGUUACGACGUGUGCUUGGGCGUUAUGGGGAAAUCAGAAUGAGGUUAGAUUGGAUGGGCAACGCAAAUCUAGGUUGACUCUGUUUCAGAAGGCAGUACAAUUCCUGGAAGAAUACUAUGCGGUUUUGGGUACUGACACAAGCACAUGCACGCCAAGACCUCAACAGUCAACAUGGGCCCCUCCACAAGGUUUGGUGUAUAAGCUGAAUGUGGAUGGGGCAAUAUUCUCAGACCUGAAGGCAAUGGGUUUUGGAGCUAUCAUAAGGGAUGAAAAAGGAGCUGUAGUAGCAGCUUUGAGCAGAAAAUUCCAUGCUUCGUUGGGCGCUGCAGAAGCUGAAGCAAAGGCUGCGGAGAUGGGAUUACAAUUUGCAAAAGAUAUAGGCGUGCGUGAUAUUAUAUUGGAAGGUGACUCAUUGAAUGUGUACCGGGCGCUUCAGGGCUUGUCAACACCUCCUCCUUCAGUUGAUGCAGUGAUUCUUGGUGUGCAAACUGCUUGCUCAGAGUUUCGUUAUGUCGAGUUCUCCCAUAUUCGGCACGAAGGAAAUAGACCAGCUCAUCUUUUAGCAAAAUAUGUCAAGGGCAUUGAUGAUUAUUGUACUUGGAUUGAAGAGUUUCCUUGUUUUUUAGAACAUGCUCUUAUCCAUGAUGUAAAUGCUAUUCCAGUGAAUUAA